AUGGCCCAGAAGCCGAAGGUGGACCCCCACGUCGGGAGGCUGGGGUACCUGCAGGCGCUGGUCACGGAAUUCCAGGAGACCGAGAGCCAAGAUGCCAAGGAGCAAGUCCUGGCCAACCUGGCCAAUUUCGCCUACGACCCCAGCAACUACCACCAUCUGCGGCAGCUGCAGGUUCUGGAUUUAUUCCUCGACUCCCUGUCGGAGGAGAACGAGACCCUGGUGGAGUUUGCCAUCGGUGGCCUCUGCAACCUGUGUCCAGACAAAGCCAACAGGGAGUACAUCCUGCAGGCGGGUGGCAUCCCGCUCAUCAUCAACUGCCUGUCCAGCCCCAGAGAGGAGACGGUACUGUCCGCGGUCACCACGCUCAUCUACCUGAGCCCGGCAGGCCCCGGCUCCCAGCCCGAGCUGAGCACCCCGCCUCUGGUCCAGUGCAUGCUACGCUUCUCCCUCUCUGCCAGCACACGGCUCCGAAACCUGGCCCACAUCUUCCUGGAAGACGUUUGCUCCCCAAGCCAGGUGGCUGAAGCCCGCCGUGGUGGGGAGCACUCUGCACUGGGCAUCCCACUGCCCAAGGCCUGAGGCCCACCACAGCCCUGCACCUGGCAGGCAUCAUUCUGA